AUGGCUCCCUCGACCGAGAAGUGGUAUCACCAGUGGGCAUGGUAUGAGCGGGGCUGUCCUCCAGAAGAGAAAAAGCUCUUGUUCAAGUUGGAUGCCAGCAUACUAACCUUUGGAUGCCUGACAUUUUUCACUAAGUUUCUCGAUCUCCAAGCUUUUCAAAAUGCCUAUGUCACCGGCAUGAAAGAGGAUGUGGGAAUGGAGGGAAAUGACCUGCAAUAUACCACGGGCGUGUUUCAGGCCGGAUAUUGCUCCAUGAUGAUUCCGGCAAAUAUCCUCCUGACCCGCUUUGCUCCCAACAUUCUCAUUCCUGCCUGCGAGGUCCUCUGGGGGGUACUUACGCUUUGUACAGCGUUCGUCGAUAACGUCGGCCAUGUCUACCUCAUCCGUUUCUUCAGCGGAGCAUUCGAAUGUGUUGCUUACCCAGGCGUCAUCUACUGUAUUGGGUGCUGGUACAAGCGAUCCGAAAUAUCCCGCCGCCUAUCUCUAUUCUAUAUCGCAGGACCACUGGGAACCAUGUUCGCUGGAUAUUUCCAAGCAGCGUGCUAUACAAACUUGGACGGCAAUGAGGGUCUCGCGGGUUGGCGCUGGCUAUUCAUCAUUUGCGGAAUCAUCACCAUCCCCGUCGCUAUCCUCGGUUUCCUCACCUUCCCCGCCCGUCCAGACUCCCCCCGACCCAGCCUCAUCUUAACAUCCCACGAAGUCAGCCUGGCACGUCGCCGCCUCGAAUCCGACGGCAACGAACCACCCAAAGUGCGCCUCACGCUGAACAUCUUCCGCCAAGUCUGUUCAUCCUGGCGACCGUACGCCUUCGUCCUCUUAUACAUCAUCUUCAACCAGGCCAUGAUCACCAACGGCCAGCCAUUCAACCUCUACCUGAAAGCACAUAAAGACAUAUACUCCGAAUCUGAAAUCAAUACCUACCCGACGGGACAGAGCGCCCUGUCGAUCGUCACCGCCCUGGCAGCUUGCUACUGGGCCGAUGUUUCAGGGAAGCGAUGGCUUCCAUCCCUCGUCAUUUGCUUUUGGAUGACGACAGGGGCGAUUUGUAUGGCGGUGUGGUAUAUCCCGGUCGGGUUGAAGUUCUUUGCGUUCUAUGUGGCUGGUUUAGGGGGCGCUUUGAAUCCGCUGUUUAUGAGUUGGGCUUCGGAAGCUACCGUCCGCUCUGCUGAAGAACGAGCCGUCACGGUCGCGUGCAUGAAUGCCUUCGGGCAGGCGUUACUAGCUGGGUUGAACAUUGUCACUUUUCCGACACCCAAGGCGCCGCGGUUCAAAUUCGGGUGGUACUGGGUUAUGGCAAAUAAUCUUGCCCAAAUUGUGCUGGUUGUCGUGAUCAUGGUGUUGCAUGAAAGGCAGAAGAGAGGCGAAGUGGAGGUGUGCGAGGGAGAAAUUGUGGAUGAUGAUGGAUUGAAGGGUGGCGGUCACGGGGAGAUUGUGAAGGGAGUGGAUGAGGGCGAUGUGUCUAGGAAGGGGUCGACUGCUUAA